AACAAUACUGUAACAAUCCUGAUGCACUUGAGCAUUAUGAUAUAGAUGCUCAAUCGUAAAUUUCUUCCAAAUCAUUUGAUUAUUUAAUAUGUGAAUUUAUGAGCUAUCUAUAAUACGCGUUUCUAACUUUUCAGCCAUGUGCUAGUAAAUGUUGCACAAUGUGAGCCUGAAACAUCAAAGUCACAUAAACAUAUCAUAUUUGUCAUAUUAUAAAUUUAUAGUAAUAAACUAAUGAAAGUAAAGUAGCCAUCAGUUUUACACAUGGAUGUUGUAAGAUUUGUGAACUUGAUCGAAUAUUGAAGCUCUAAAGAGUGGGAAACACACGGAGUAAUUGUGAAGCUAUUUUGGUUGUGAGGUAGGAGAGAGGUGUGAAACGGCAUGACAUGCACACCUUUUAAUAGCAUGUAUAUAAAGAAGCAUGAUCUCUUUGUUGCGUUAUCUCACUACCACCAGUGUUUACAUGAUGAUGAAAGCUAUGAGAGUAGGGUUAGGAAUGGCACUGCUCAUGACCAUAACCGUUCUUACCAUAGUCACAGCACAGCAAGAGGACCUGCAGCAACCACCUCCACCACCGAUGUUGCCUGAGGAGGAAGUGGGAGGAUGCAGCAGAACAUUCUUCUCCGCUCUGGUGCAGCUGAUACCAUGUAGAGCAGCUGUAGCUCCUUUCAGCCCGAUCCCACCGACCGAAACAUGUUGCUCUGCCGUUGUCACACUUGGUCGUCCUUGUCUUUGCCUUCUUGCCAAUGGACCUCCACUCUCUGGGAUUGACCGCUCCAUGGCUCUUCAGCUUCCUCAGAGAUGCUCUGCUAAUUUCCCACCCUGCGAUGUCAUUAACUAGAAAGGACAUAUCUUCCUUUUCUUUUUUAUAUUACCUUUCAAUCUAAUAAACACGCUGUUUUGUGUAUUAGGCUUCCAAAUCAUUAAUAAAUGACAAUCGAUUAAAAAUCUUAGUCGUUUCCAAUAAUAAAUCCAUUGUAAUGUAUAUCAACUGAAAUUUCUGUCAAAGAUAUAUAUUUGCACA